CUUUUCUGUCCUUGAAAGACUGUAUAUAAAGAUGGUACGGUACCUGUGUAGUAGUGUAGUUUGAUUGUCCUAUCAAUUGCUUCUGAAACAUCUUUCUUUUCUGCUUUCAAGAAAUAUCUACAGCUUCGAACUCAGGACAUAAUCAUAAUGGCUCUAAGUUAUCUCCGUCAAGCGCCUCAUCUUUCUUAUCCUCUCAAACGUGCCUUUAGCUUCAAGAGAGGAGUGAAGAAGGACACUUACGACAAUGCAGCGCUACCGCCAAUUACCGAGAAGUCUCCUGUCCAGGAGACUACAUCCAAGAUACUAGGCUCUACUCCCACUUCGGAGGUUAGAAAUGAAGACGAUGCUGUGCCAGAGGGCAUGAUGCGGAUACCGGAUCUGUUCGUCUCGUGGGCCGCUCAGAAACCUCGAGUCAAUCCGUUCUACGAAGAAGUGAAGCCGCAGGUGGAGGAGUGGUUUAAAGUGAAAUGCAAGCUCGAUGGCGCUCAAUACAACAAAUUCGUCGCUGCAGACCUGUGUUGGUUCGCUGCUGUAUGGGCCCCUGAUGCCGAUAAGGAAGCUUUUCGUCUCGCGUGCCAUUGGGUCGGAUGGGUUUUUGUCUUCGACGACCGCAUCGACGAAGGAGUGUUGAAAUACAAAACAGACAUCGUGAGAGAGGAAAUCGACACCGCUCUGUCUCGUCUGAGUCCCGAUCCAGCACCUUAUUCAGAAGAGCAAGGGGAGAUGUUGACCUUUGACUUGAUAUGCCAGGAGAUCAAGAAGUGCUCUAAAGGUCUUCAGGAGAGAUUCCUCAAGAAACAUCUAUUCUACAUGAACGAAGUCCUCGAACAGACUGAGCCUGAAGCAAUCAAGGCUUCUCAUGACCUGGAGUCUUUUAUCGACCACCAUAGAGGCUCUGUUGGGAUUUAUCCGAUUUAUCCCAUACUAGAAUACUGCAACAACCUCAACCUGCCAGACUACGUAUUUGAAUCUGCUUCUAUACAGAAACUCGAAGCGUUAGCUGCGGAGAUCGUUCUGCUAACGAAUGAUUCAAUGUCCUACCUCAAAGAAGCAGUCAACGGCGACGAACACAACCUCAUCAUGCUCCUCCGCCAACAAGGCCUGUCCCAAGAAGCAGCCUACCAACGCCUAGGCGAGGAAAUCACCCGUCGAUACCAAGAAUGGUACGUUGCGCUGGUGGAACUGCCGCUGUGGGGAGAAGAGAUCGAUACGCAAGUGCAGAGAUACGUGGCUGCGUUGCAGGAAACGGUUCUUGCGAAUUUGAAUUGGAGUUUCCACACGAAACGCUACUUUGGAAAGGGAAAUGAGAUCGCGAGGAAACAGAGGUUGAUUAAGCUUAUUCCUUGAGGAGGGAGUAGAAUGGUUUCUCAGAUACUAGAAAUUGCCUAAUUGCCUUUCCUCCUUUCUUCUCGUCUUUGUGUCGGAUUGGGAAUUAUAUAUAUAUGUCUAUUUUAUAUACGAAUGAGAAGAUCAGAUAUAUAGAUUGUCGAAUAUAAUGAGGGAAAGCUUCUUGAUUUAA